AUAAUUUUGAACCAAACAAACAAACCCCACACCACCUUUUAUUUAUUUGUUCGUUCAUUUAUUUUAUUUAUUAGACUCCAUCCAUUCAAAUUUAAUGCCCAAUCAUUGCCUAAAUUAACUACCGUUUGAUUUGAUCAAACACUGUUACCAGCCAUCUGAUUUCAUGACUCCCACUUUGACAUGUCGCCACCGGCGUUGCUAGACACCGGGGGAUUUCCGAUUCAAAAACCUAUUAAUCUCAACGGUCAGGUUUCUCAUCCUUUAUUUUUAUCGUCUCUUAUUAUUGUUGCCUCUUCUUUAAAUUCCCGUUCUCAAUCUAAACAAACUUUCUUAUCAAACGCGAUGAACCCAUCAAGUUUCGGUGAUUUAAAUUCUGGAUUUUCAAGCUCAAGUGGAAAUGCUCAAAAUUUGAGCUUUAACUCGCCUUCUAUUCCUCGAUCAUGUGGCAAGCCUCUUUCCAAGCCCAGAUUGCUGAAAGUUAGAAGGCAAUCGAAUUCUCAGAACUUGAAAUCAGCAGCUGACACCUGGGCUGGUCCCGGAUUUAAUCCGUUUCGACCCGUUUCGAGCCCUACUGAACAUGAUGUUUCUAGUGAAUUCGGGUUUGGUAAUAGUAGAAGUGAGGCAUUUGAUUUUGGAGUGAGUAAAGGUUGUGAUGUGGGUGUCAAUCCAGAUUCUAGGAAGUGGAAUGUGGAGAAUGAAGUGGUUGAACAAAUGAAAAAUGUGAGAAUUGAGAGUGGAAAUGUGUUCAUAAAUAAUAAUUUAAAUGCGAGUAAUAGAACUAAUUUUGUGUUUGGUAGUGAUCAUCGUAAUGAAAGUCCCGGUAUUGAUGAUAACAUGAAGAAUUUGAACAUCAAUGAUAACGAGAUCAAUGACAAGGUUGUUGAUGAAAGGACCAAUGGUAUUGCCAAAUUUAGGCUCAGAAGUGAUGACAAUGUGACGUCAAGACUACCGAAUGAGUUGAAUAAGAAACUGAAUAUCAAAGAGACAGAAGGUGGUACAAAGGUUAGUGAUGCAUUUACUGAAAGCUUGAAGAGUGCAAUUCCUGAUCAGAUUAAGAACUUGAACAUCAAUGAAUCUGCAGAUGGUAAUGAGACUGAUAAUAAGAGUUCUGUGAUGGAUGGUUGUGCUUCUGUAAGCAGGGAAGGGACUAGGAGUUAUGUAGGUGGAGAAAGAGAAAGUAUACUGUCGAGUGAGAUGGAGUGCAAGUUGAACAUGGGAAGUGCAAUUGAAGAAUCUUCUGGUCAUGCAGAGACUGGGUUUUCUUCUUCUCGAAUCUUUGAAGAAGAUAUGCAAACUGGAAACAGGAAUGAUAAAAAGUUCCACGAUUUUAGUAAUAGGAUUCCCACGGAAUUUACUUUUAUGGAAGGAAUGCAAGGCAGGGAAGCAAUUGGCAGUCAAUUUCAUAUGAAUCAACCAAAUGUUGAUGCACAACCGAGUGGCGUUGGAGGAACAUCAUCUGCAUUCUUAUCAAGUGGCUUAGCUGCUGGAUAUGCUUUUGGAUUGCUGCCAACGGGUAGAGUGGAGAAGAGAGAUGGAUUUAUAUUUACAAGCAAGCAAGAUGGUGUUGGAUCACCCUUUGUUGAAUUUAAAACACCAGAUCCUAAGGGAAAUAUAUUCUCUUGCUUAAAUCAGAAAGUGGAAGUCAGUGCAAAGUUUAAAGACACAAAGUUGAAGAAAAAAAAGGGGAAGUUGAAGCAACCUACCAAAGUCCAUCUAUGGCCUGGACAAGAUUUUGUUUCAAGGGAAAGUGGAUCUCGAGAAAUUCCAGAGCCUUCUGAUUCUUAUUCACCAAUGGAUGUUUCACCAUAUCAGGAAACAUUAUCUGAUACUCAAUUUUCCAGGGAAACUUCAGUUGCGUCCGAGGAGUCUUUAGUUCCUGAUAACCAAAAUUCAUCAACUGAUUUCCCGCCAAUUGUUUCCAGUGAUGCCAUAGAUGAGGAUUUAAUUGUUGCAACACAACAAAUGAAUAUAAAUGAAGAGGAUGUGAAUCUGACAGAUACAAAAAGAGAAAGUUCUGAUAAAGGCAGUGGUGCUGAGAAUCCUCCAGAAGAGUCUAUAUCCGGGGCUGAAACCGAAAGCUUUAAAUCUGCAAAUGAGGAAAUAGACUUUAUUAAUGAUAUUGUGGUUACAUCAGCUGAAAAUGAGGCCAGUUCAAGCACAAACAUUGAGAGGCAAGACAGUGAUGUAAUAAAGUCUAGUUCUCCUGCAAGUUCACAGGAUAUGGGUGGUUCAGGUUUCACUUUUAUUGCUGCUUCUUCUCAAGCAUCAUCAAACCGUCAGAAUAAAAAAAAGAAUUGCGGUAAAGUUGGUCAUGAUCCCUAUAAUUUCAGCCUAAAUGCAAAAGUUCCAUAUGCAUCUUCUUCUUCACAGUUUACUUCAUUGCCUGUGUCCCCUCCCCUGGGCAAGAAAGUUGGUCUUUCCACUCCAAUACACAUGGUUGGGGAAAAUUCCGAGGGGUCUAGAGGACAGGAGAUCAAGCAAGAGUCUGAUUUAAUUUCUGCUGUAUCUGUUGCUGCUCAAGAAGCAUGUGAGAAAUGGCGAUUAAGGGGAAAUCAAGCAUAUACACAUGGGGAAUUGUCUAAGGCAGAGGAUUGUUACACACAAGGUAUAAAUUGUGUUUCUAGAAGUGAGACUUCCAGAAGCUGUCUCAGGGCAUUGAUGUUGUGCUAUAGCAACCGGGCAGCUACACGCAUGUCUCUUGGAAGGAUCAAAGAUGCACUACAAGAUUGUAGGAUGGCUGCUGAAAUUGAUCCAAAUUUUUUAAGGGUGCAAGUUAGAGCUGCAAAUUGUUUCCUGGCACUGGGGGAAGUUGAAGACGCAUCACAGUAUUUCAAGAAGUGUUUGCAGUUAGGAAGUGACAUGUGUGUGGAUAGGAAAAUUGCAAUAGAAGCUUCCAGUGGACUCCAAAAGGCGCAGAAAGUGUCUGAAUGCUUGCAACAUGCUGCUGAACUUUUGAAAAGGAAGACACCCAAUGAUGUAGAGAGUGCUCUGGAACUAAUUGCAGAGGGUUUGGUUAUAGGUCCAUACUCGGAGAAAUUACUUGAAAUGAAAGCGGAUUCUCUUUUCCUGCUGCGGAAAUAUGAGGAGGUAAUUCAGUUGUGUGAUCAGACUUUUGAUUCUGCUGAAAAGAACUCUCCUCUACUAGAUACUGGUUACCAGUCAGCAGAUCUGGAUGGUACUCAACUUACAAAAGACUCCUCCUUUUGUCUCUGGCGAUGCCAUCUAAUUCUGAAAUCCUAUUUCUAUCUUGGAAAGCUGGAGGAGGCUAUUGCUUCACUAGAAAAGCAAGAGGAGCUGAUUGUGAAGCGGUGUGGUAACAAGAAGAUUGAAUCAUUAAUACCCUUAGCUGCCACUGUACGAGAACUACUGCGCCAUAAGGCUGCAGGAAAUGAAGCAUUUCAAGCAGGGAAGCAUUCAGAAGCUAUUGAAUAUUAUACUGCUGCCUUGUCAUGCAAUGUUGAGUCACGGCCUUUUGCGGCUAUUUGUUAUUGCAAUCGAGCUGCUGCAUACAAAGCAUUGGGCCUUGUUACAGAUGCUAUUGCCGACUGCAGCCUGGCAAUAGCUCUUGAUAAAAAUUAUCUGAAGGCAAUUUCCAGAAGAGCCACUUUAUAUGAGAUGAUUAGGGAUUAUGGACAAGCAGUUAGUGAUCUUCAGAGACUUGUAGCUGUUCUCACUAAGCAAGUAGAGGAGAAGACGAGUCUGUCUGGAUCAUCUGAUAGAUCGGGAAACUUGGCAAAUGAUCUAAGACAAGCUCGCAUGCGUCUUUCCACAAUUGAAGAAGCAGCCAGAAAGGAGAUUCCUCUGGAUAUGUACCGAAUUUUGGGAGUUGAACCUUCUGCUUCAGCAUCGGAUAUUAAGAAAGCAUAUCGGAAGGCUGCACUUAGGCAUCAUCCUGACAAGGCUGGUCAGUCCUUGGCAAGAAUUGAAAAUGGAGAUGAUUGGCUUCGGAAGGAGAUAGGAGAAGAAAUCCACAUGCAUGCUGACCGACUUUUUAAAAUGAUUGGGGAAGCAUAUGCAGUACUUUCGGACCCCACCAAGCGUUCACAGUAUGAUCUGGAAGAAGAGAUGAGGAAUGCCCAAAAGAAACACAAUGGAAGCAGCACAUCUAGGACAUACACUGAUGCUCAGAGCUAUCAGUUCGAAAGAAGUGGCAGUAGGGGACAAUGGAGAGGGGUUUGGAGAUCAUAUGGUAGAUAGAGUCAACUGCUUGGUACAGAUAUCAAUGACAAUCAUGUGGGCUUGCAUGAUAAGAAACUCCAAAGCAGAAUUGACUGUUGACAUUUUUGGAAUGGAAUUUCUGAUGAAAGUAAACUGGAUGAUGGGUAUGCAAUAUGUAUGUAGCUGCGUUUACAGAGUUAAGAGGGCUUGCUGAUGGGACAUUGCUUCAGCUACUGUUAAAGUCAUGGAAUGCAUGCAUGCAGAAGAAGGUACUGAAUGUUUAAAAGCUCUGGUAAAGAAUAUGGUUCUCUCCUGUGCAGGACCUAUAUUAAUUAAAGAAGUUGGGGAAAGAAACUGAUUUCUAUUGAGAGUUUGACAGAUGAUUAUAAGGUUGGGGGGUGGAACUUUUGAAUGUGACGACUCUGAUUUUUUUUUUUUUUUUUGGAAGGGAAGAAAGGUAAGAAGAGAGAAUACAAAAAAACUGUUAUUUUUUUUUAAAAAUUUUUCACGAGAUAGGAGAAACAAAGGCAUUGCUAACUGUUUGAGGUGUGUAAAUUUACCGGCAAUUUGUAUAGAUGAAAAGUGAACCCUGCAAUCAAGAGUUUAUUUAUUUAUUUA